AUGAGAAUUGAAGAGCUUCAGAGUAGUUUAGAGGCACAAGAAUUGCGUAUGACUGAAAGAAACUAUGAACAGGAGUUAGAACAAACUCCGAAAGCUCAGACUCUAAAAGCUUCUUCUAGCAAGAAGAACCAGAUUUGUAACAAGUUUGGCCAUUUUGCUGCUGAUUGUUGGCCAAACAAGGUUAGCAAGGGUGGAGAAACCAACAUAGACAUAGAAGAUUCUGAUGAUGAACCUGUGUUACUGAUGGCAUCUGCGAAUGUAGGUGGAUCAAUGGUAGAGUGGUGGUAUAUGGACAUUGGCUUCUCAAAUCACCUAACUAGAAACAAGCAAUGGCUAGUUGAUUUUGACUAUGGUAAGAGAACAAAGAUCAUAUGUGCUAAUGGUGAGUAUCUAAAUGCUAAAGGAAUGAGUAAUGUCAGGAUUAAGUUGAGCAAUUCCCAAACUGUAUUGAUCAAUGAUGUAUGGUAUGUUCCUGGCAUGAAUAGUAACCUUAUGAGUGUAGGUCAUCUAAUUGAAAAAGGUUUCUCAGUAACCAUAAAGGAUAAUCUCUUGGAGUUGUAUGACAAUAAUCAAAAGUUGAUUAUGCAGUAUGAAUUGGGAAGAAGCAGUACAUUCAAGGUGAAUGUUGCAACAACAGACACUCAAUGA